GACGGAUAUGUAAUCCGCCACAGGCUUUCUAGCAUUAUUACCCAUGAACGAACUAAAACAAGCAUCGAGCCUAAGACACAUCCUCUGCGUUGUGGGUCGUAUGGGCUGAGUAAUCAAAGAAAAGGGAAGUGGAGGCAGCAGUGCACAGGACUGAAAAGUAAGAGUGACUCUGCAGCCUGGCAGAGUCAGAGCUUAGCUGGACUGGGAAGCUGUCAUGGAAGUCAACAAGAAAGAGGAGAAAGAAGAAGAUGACAGCCCUGAAGGGGAGAUGACAAAGGAGGAUGUGUGCGAGCCUGUCGAGGGAGACGUUGCGCCAGCCUGGGCCCCUUCCCAUCAGAGGCCGAUUAUCCACCAGGUGGCCUCUGCACCCAUGCCCAGUGACUGUGAGUUCUCCUUCUUCGACCCCAGCGAACCACAGUGCAGAGACGUUCUCCUGGACCCCAACACCACCAUACCAGAGCUGUUCGCUGUCCUCAGGCAGUGGGUGCCCCAGGUCCAGAAGAACAUCGGCCUCAUUGGCAAUGAGAUCCUAAAGAGAGGCUGUGGAGUGAAUGAUCGAGAUGGUCUGACGGAUAUGAGUCUCCUGCACUACUGCUGCAAGGCUGGGGCUCCAGGCAUUGGUGAUGCGGAGACAGCGGCCUCCUUUGCUCGUCAGAUCCUCUCCCUGGGUGCUGAUCCUAACCUUCGCUCCCGCUGGACAAACAUGAGGGCCCUGCACUAUGCUGCGUACUUUGACGUGCCCCAGCUUAUCCGCGUAGUGUUACAGGCUUCACAGCCUGGAGAGGUAGAUGCCACCUGCUCUGACUUUGACUUUGGCACCUCCCUGCACAUUGCUGCAUCCAACCUGUGCAUCUCGGCUGUCAAAUGUCUCCUGGAGCUGGGGGCUAAUCCUGCUUUUAGAAAUGAAAAAGGUCAGUGCCCUGCAGACGUGGUGCCAGACCCUCUCGACAUGCCCUUGGAGAUGGCUGAUGCAGCCGCUGUGGCUAAAGAGCUUCGGACUUUGCUGAGACAGGCUUUACCCAGACCCAGCUCCCCUCUGCCCCUCACACUGCAGGCCCAGACCAUCCCUGCCCUCUCCGACAAGGCCAGGAUUCAGCUAGCCACCAUGGGAAUCCGGCUAGGCGACCGCGUGGUGAUUGCGGGACAGAAGGUUGGCACUCUGCGUUUCUGUGGGAGCACUGAGUUCUCGGGGGGUCUGUGGGCCGGAGUGGAGCUGGACAAACCGGAGGGAAAGAACGAUGGCUCGGUAGCAGGCGUUCAGUAUUUCACCUGUCGAAUGAAACAUGGAAUCUUUGCCCCCCUUUCAAAGAUAAGCAAACCUUUGGAAAGACAUAAAACCAGCAUCACAAAGGCACCUGUACGCCCUUCACGUCGCAUUGACUUGUCUCGCAUCACCUCCAAGAUAAACACAGGUUUAUCUCCUUCUGUCGAUAAACCCCUUGACAAUCACAAGAGACUUCCUGGUCCCAGUGAGGGCUCAGUGAGAGACGCCUCAGUGACAAAGACAGGGGUCCUUUCUCGCUCUCUCUCCUCAUCAUCCUCUUCGCUGGACUCCCGGCCUGCACCUGGUUCUCGACCUCGCCCACUGCCUAGGCAGCAUCCUUCUGCCAGGCAGCGAAGGGAGCGGGUUUCCCCGAGUCCAAAAACUAUCCCUUCUCAAGGUCUCCAGUCGUCUCCUGACACAACUGCACUUACUAAUGCAGGUGUUCGAAGCCGAACCCCCUCAGCUAGUAGUUCUGUCUGUGGGGGCCCCGAGGUGCAUGUGGGGGAGAGGGUGCUGGUGGUUGGUCAGAGGACUGGUGUUGUCCAAUUUUAUGGAAAGACCAGCUUUGCUCCAGGGCUGUGGUUGGGAAUCAAAUUGGACAAACCGAGUGGUAAGAAUGAUGGCUCAGUGGGAGGAGUGAGGUACUUUAGCUGCCCACCAAAACACGGCGUCUUUGCUCCACCUUCUCGUGUCCAAAGGAUCCACGGAUCUGUUGACUGCCUGUCAGAGCUCUCCUCCUCACGCCUCAGCCAUCCUUUCAGCGGGACAAUCCGUCGCAGUUUCAGCACAUCGUCAGCCAUUGCCAACCCAAAGGAGUCGAACAGGAGGAGCCCUGUUAGCAGGAGUCGUUCCAACCCUCACCGGCGGCGCUGGAACACCCUCAGCGGCGGUGUUGGUGGUGUUCCUAGGAACACAGCAGGCUCCAGUACCUCACCUGGGUGUGACGGACAGGUGUGUCUCCGCAUAGGCAUGCAGGUCCUGCUCAACAGUGCCAAUGAGAUGGCGUUCAUCCGUUACCUGGGCACAGCAGACUUUGCUCCGGGAAUUUGGCUGGGUCUCGAGCUGCGAAGCCCAAAAGGCAAGAACGACGGCUCCGUGGGCGGACGCCGUUACUUCAGCUGUCGAGCAGGGCACGGAGUGCUGGUCCGUCCCAGCCGCGUCACCUACCGUGGAAUCAACGGUUCACGCUUGGUUAAUGAAAACAGCUGAGGUCUUCUGGUGUGGGGUGGGCUGGAAAGUUAAAAAAUAGUUUGGAAUUUCUUUAAUCUAACUAUUCAAAACAAAAGUUUUAAGUUUUAUCUUCUUAUCUUCUUUUGCACAUCAUUUACUUGCUCAUGCAGUUAGUCAUCAAUGCUCUUCCAGGGUUGAUGUUAGAGUUACAAAACCACUUCUUAAAAGUUCAAAUGUAAAUGACUGAAUUAAGUCUGAAGUAUGUAAAAGGUAAAAAAGCACUUUAUAGAAUUAACUCAAAGUCUUAUCAGAUUUUGUUCUGGCAGGAAGUAAGGGAAAAACGCUGAACAAAAUACAAAACACUGCACUUCUCGAAAUCUUGUUGCACUAAAAGACAAAUAUAAUAGAUUAGAAUAAGAUAAAUGGGAUGGUAUGGAUGUGCACACAUGAAAAACUAUGUCCACAAUAGAAGCUAAUUUUGAUCAAGUGAAAUAAAGAUUUUUAUCAAAGAAUUUAGGUUCUUAUGUAGCUGACUCCCUAACCAAAAGUAUGCAUGUGUUGAUGUUUUUGUACGUGUGCAUGUGUGUACUAAUGAAGAGCACUUUGAAACUACAGACUGAUGGAGUCCAAGGUCAUGACUUAAAGGUUAUUGAUGGAAUUUGAGUCAAAACUGAGAUUGUACUUCUUAAAUUAUGCAAAUAAUGUGAAAUGUAUUUACAAGAAGACCUCUAUCAACUUCUGUCUGAGUACAAAUGCUCAAACAGAAGUUUUUUUUUUUUUUUUUUUUUUUCAAACUU